GGAGUUUCCGCCAAACUAUAAUCCAAUCUCCACGACCUUGUUCUAUCUCUACUAUCGAGAAUGCACGCCAAGGGCGCAAAUGAUCGACAUUGACCAUUCAACCUCGGAUCUUUCAUUUCCUCACCCGAAGUAAUGAGCCGAAAUGUCGAGCACAUCACGCCACAAGUCGUGCCUCGGAUGCAUCCAGACUAAGCGAAAAUGUGACCGAACAUGGCCGAGAUGCCAGCGUUGCGUCACGAGACGCACUGAAUGCCGAUAUAUCGGUCGGAAUCGCCCCCAACUGCAGCAGAGCCCUGAUUCCGACGUGGAUCAACCUGCUCCUGCCCUGGAGCAUUUGGGUGAACAGUCGUCUAGCAACUGGCGGUUGGAACAAUAUCACGCGGAACCAUCGUUAUUGCUCACACCAUGCUGGGAUGGUGCUCUAUUCGAGUUCCCUUAUCAUUUCAGCCUUGCGGGCCAAGGCGACUUCAUCUUCAAUAGCAUACAAGACGAGGUUCCUCAACCGGCGUCAAGCAAUACUGAUCCAGAUAUUGUACGAGCUGUUACUUCGGAUUCAAAGCUCCAGGCUCGUGUAGAGUUUGUAGCAAAGCGACUAACAAGAAUCCCGAGGACAUUCGCACAACACGGCCACACAAUGUUCAUCCACCACAUACAAUUCCAGCAGAGUUGUUCGCCGGCUCUGCAGGAUGCAAUGAGCGCGUGUGCUUUGUAUUGCAUGAAAAGCGUGGCAAAUCAAGCAUUGGUAUUCAGAAAUUUGGAAAACAAAUGUCAGCAGCUAAUUGCAAGCACUAAUAUGUUGCUCGCCUCUAGAACGGAUCUUCUUGAAGCUCUACAAGCGCUCUUGCUUUACCAGUUAAUGCGGCUCUUCGAUGGCGACAUUCGUCUCAGAGCCCAUGCGGAAGUCGAUGAAUCGGUUGCGAUCCUAUGGGCGAGCCAGCUCAACGCUCUGACGUUCAAUGCAGAAGACACUGCAAUGGCUGCGCCAGGUUCGAUAGACACGAGCAUUGUGACAGUAGACCGCAGGUCGGACUGGCAAUCCUGGCUUGUUAACGAAAGCAUCCGACGCACCGUUAUCACCGCAUUCAUGCUGAAGGGUGUAUACAGUUUUCUGAAACUUGGCUACGACAGCCCCGUUGAUCUAGAUAUGUGCUUCACUGCACAAGCUGCGCUUUGGAAUGCGCAGUCCGCAAUCGAUUGGUGUAGGGCUCGAGAAGAGACGGAGCAACUCGAGAUAUGGGUCAAGCAUUGGGACGAGGCAAUUGCAAAGGCAAAACCAGUGGACCUGGAGGAAUUUGGAGUACUAAUUAUGACGAUGAUAUGGGGGCGUGAGGCUACACGGAAAUGGUUGGGAGAUGAUAUUACUCUAAAAUAUGGGUUGGAGAUGGCUUAAAACGAGUAAAUUACUUGAAAAAUAAGCUCAUUCGUGGUGCUUCCCCCGCUCUGUCCCCCCUCUUGCGAGUUCAGCUGCAAUCGCAUUAGGCAAGGUACGUGCACAUGCCAGCAAUUGUCGCAAUUCAGCACAUGUACUAGGAAAACUUUUAGAAUAGAAUAGUAUUAAUCUUAUAUAUA